AUGCCAGUUCAUAUCUAUCUUAGUCAGUUCAUAUCUAUCUAUCUAUCUAUCUAUAUCAGUUCAUAUCUAUCUAUCUUAAUCAGUUCAUAUCUAUCUAUCUAUCUAAAAUUCGACAGACAAGAUGUGUUUUAUUUCCGUCUCGCUUCUUUUCAUCCCAAAAGUGAAAUCAAAUAUUUGAUUUUUAUCUUCAGAAGAAAUUUUCCAAAUGGUGUCCAAUAUAAGGGCUAUCCGGGUCAUAACGACAGCACUGCCAAACCAAAGACACCUUCUGCGAGCGGUGCAACGUGUGAAGCAUGUUAUGAGGAUCGCGUGACCAUCUCACUGCAGUGUCCACCCCGUCUGCUCUCGGUGAGGGAGCAGGCAUCGAAGGGGAAGAAGCGCGGCUCCACCCUGGAGCGGGAACGUUGUGAGUUCGAAAUCUGCAUCCAGUUGGUGGACGAGGCAAUCCAUUGA